GCCUGAGCCUCGGUGCUCCAGCUGGCGCCCGGAACUCGCGCAGGGACCGCGCCGGGCUUCUCCGCUAGUGACUGCCCCUAACACCUUUCUUUCCGGCCAUUUCAUCCUUUCUACCUGCUAGAUUAGCAAACUCCUCGGAGAAAGUGCCGCCCUUGCUCCCCAUCACCUGAGGGUUGAGAGCAUCGCUUAACCAGCAAGGGCUGUGAUACCGUCCCUAUUUCGCUUCCGGGAGGGGCUAAGGUCCGCUCCGCAGCAAAGCAAGCAAGAGGCAAAGAAGAAUUUCACGGGAGUCGGCCCGGGCUGGAGGUGGGUGAGUCGAGGGACCCGGGGCUGCAGACCCACCGCGAUGGCUUCGCUCCCCGCAGCCGCGAACUGGACGGAAGGUGCAGGAACAGCGGGAGCGGACGCCGGGAGCCCGAGCGCUGCGUUCCAGCCAGGGGCAGGCACGGGGGUGGCUGAGCCUGGGUGGCUGCAACUGCUAGUCCAAGCUGGCAAUCUUUCUGCUUCCUCCUCCACGUUGGGACUGGCCGCCGCCACCCCGGCGCCUUCGCAGCCCCUGGCCAACCUCACCAACCAGUUCGUGCAGCCGUCCUGGCGCAUCGCGCUCUGGUCCCUAGCGUACGGCGUGGUGGUGGCCGUGGCGGUCUUCGGGAAUCUUAUCGUCAUCUGGAUCAUCCUGGCCCACAAGCGCAUGAGGACCGUUACCAACUACUUCCUCGUGAACUUGGCUUUCUCCGAUGCCUCCAUGGCCGCCUUCAACACCUUGGUCAACUUCAUCUAUGCGCUUCACAGCGAGUGGUACUUCGGCGCCAACUAUUGUCGCUUCCAGAACUUCUUUCCUAUCACAGCGGUGUUCGCCAGCAUCUACUCUAUGACGGCCAUAGCGGUGGACAGGUAUAUGGCCAUUAUUGAUCCCUUGAAACCCAGACUUUCUGCCACAGCAACCAAGAUUGUCAUUGGAGGUAUUUGGAUUCUCGCAUUUCUACUGGCCUUCCCUCAGUGUCUUUACUCUAAAACCAAGGUCUUGCCGGGCCGUACUCUUUGCUAUGUGCAAUGGCCAGAAGGUCCCAAACAACAUUUCACUUACCAUAUUAUUGUCAUUAUACUGGUGUACUGUUUCCCAUUGCUCGUCAUGGGUAUCACAUACACCAUUGUUGGAAUCACUCUCUGGGGAGGAGAGAUCCCUGGAGACACCUGUGACAAGUAUCAUGAACAGCUAAAGGCUAAAAGGAAGGUUGUAAAAAUGAUGAUUAUUGUUGUGGUGACAUUUGCCGUCUGCUGGCUGCCCUAUCAUAUUUACUUCAUCCUCACUGCAAUCUAUCAGCAACUAAAUAGGUGGAAAUAUAUUCAGCAGGUCUACCUGGCUAGCUUUUGGCUGGCAAUGAGCUCCACCAUGUACAACCCCAUCAUCUACUGCUGUCUGAAUAAGAGAUUUCGAGCUGGCUUCAAGAGAGCAUUUCGCUGGUGUCCUUUCAUCAAAGUUUCUAGCUAUGAUGAGCUGGAGCUCAAGACCACCAGGUUUCACCCGACUCGGCAAAGCAGCCUGUACACUGUGACCAGGAUGGAGUCCAUGACGGUGGUGUGUGACCCCAGUGAGAUGGACAACGCCAAAUCCAGUCGGAAGAAGAGAGUGACUCCAAGAGACCCAAGCUCCCAUGGCUGCUCCCGCAGGAAUUCCAAAUCUGCCUCCACCACCUCAAGUUUCAUAAGCUCACCCCACACCUCUGUGGAUGAAUAUUCCUAAAUCCAUUCCUGAGCUGAAACAGUAGUAUGACACCACCACGGUGCCACCACAGGCCCGCAUGCCCCUGACUGCUUACUACUCUGUCCUGAAUACUCUCUGGAAACAGAAGGGCAAUUUCUUGGUAGCUGUUUCAGAUGAGAAAGGUAGCAUAUAAAUUAACAAAGACAGUAUUAAGAUA